CCGCACGGCCUCUGCCUUCGAGGCCACUGGUCCACAGGCUCCCGUCUCCUGUCCCUCCCCCGGCCCCAGCUAUUUAAGGUUGGCGAGGAGCUGACGAGCUGUUGCCGAGGCCACCCUGGUGGUGGCAGACUGCUGUCAGGCAGGCAGACCCCAGGGCCUUCCCCACCGCCGUGUUGUCCAUGGAUUUUGUGGCUGGAGCCAUCGGAGGUGUCUGCGGUGUGGCUGUGGGCUACCCCCUGGACACGGUGAAGGUCAAGAUCCAGACAGAGCCCAAGUACAGGGGCAUCUGGCACUGCGUCUGGGACACAUACCACCAAGAGCGGGUGCGGGGCUUCUACCGAGGCCUGUCGCUGCCCGUGUGCACCGUGUCCCUGGUCUCGUCCGUGUCUUUCGGGACCUACCACCACUGCCUGGCGCACAUCUGCCGAUUUCGCUACGGCAGCCCCGAGGCCAAGCCUGCCAAGCCCGACAUCACGCUGUCAGGAUUUGCUUCUGGCCUGGUCCGCGUGUUCCUCACCUCACCCACUGAGGUGGCCAAGGUCCGCCUGCAGACGCAGACGCAGACCCAACAGCGGCGCCCCUCGGCCUCGUGGCCCUCGGCUGCGCCCCCCAUGUGUCCGGCGCCCCCUGCGUGCUCGGUGCCCGGGCCCAAGUACCGAGGGCCACUGCACUGUCUGGCCACGGUGGCCCGUGAGGAGGGGCUGCGGGGCCUCUACAAGGGCAGCUCGGCCCUGCUCUUCCGGGACGGCCACUCCUUCGCCACCUACUUCCUGUCCUACGCCAUCCUCUGCGAGCAGCUCACCCCCACUGGCCACAGCCAGCCAGAUGUCUUGGGCGUGCUGGUGGCCGGGGGCUGCGCCGGGGUCCUGGCCUGGACCGUGGCCACCCCCAUGGACGUGAUCAAGUCACGCCUGCAGGCGGACGGGCAGGGCCAGCGGCGCUACCGGGGCCUUCUGCACUGCGUGGUGACCAGCGUGCGGGAGGAGGGGCCGCGGGUCCUCUUCAAGGGGCUGACGCUCAACUGCUGCCGCGCCUUCCCCGUCAACAUGGUGGUCUUUGUCGCCUACGAAGCCGUGCUGAGGCUCAUCCGGGGCCUGUCCACGUAGCCAGUCCCGACGCCCCAGGGGCCGACCCAUCGGCAGCUUCCCGAGGUCCUCGUGGCUGCAGGGGGCGCAGGAGAGCGUCGGGGUCUGGACCCCACGGAGCCGCUGCCCAGGACCGCCCCAGCCUCCCCGAACCCCGAGUCAGCCAUGCUCGGGGCUUCGCCUGCCCGGCUACGGACCACAAGGAGGUGGAGGGGCCAUCUGCCAUCAGCCUGGGGGUGGCCUGAGGGUCACACGAGCCAGGGAGGAGUGGGCCUCUUGGAUGAGGACAUCCAUCACACGGAGUCAUUUGAGCAUGUCGUUGGAGUUCCAGCUUCCCUGUCACCCCUCCCUGCCGCCCGCCCGCAUCUUCAGAGCACCCCUGCGCCUCCAUCCAGUCCCUCGGCCGCCCUCCCUGCCAGGCCCCCCCGACCCCCCGCUCAGCUCUCCUCGGCUGCUUAGUGAGCUCCUGGGCACCGGCCCGCUCGCUCCCCUGCGCCAGGCUGCUCAGAGAGGGCACUGACCGGACGGCCAUGGCCAGCGUGCUCCCAGACCUGCUCACGCCCUUGCCCGGCUGGGAGAUCCCCGAGACUCAGCGGGGAGCUGUUGACAAUAAAGCGUCUUUGAGCAUG